UUGCCUCGCGCCCCUCUGUCCCCUCCAUCCCGGGCAGCGAAGGAGCCCGGGGCGGGUGGACUCGGGAUCAUCUCGAAAAUGCUCCUCCAACAGCGCUUCCUCGCCUGGGUCCAGCUGCUCAGCCUUUGCAGCCUGGAUUGGACUUAUGGAUACUAUAGACAACAGAGAAAACUUGUGGAAGAGAUUGGCUGGUCCUAUACAGGAGUACUGAAUCCAAAAAAUUGGGGAAAGAAGUAUCCAACAUGCAAUAGCCCCAAACAGUCUCCUAUUAAUAUUGAUGAAGAUCUUACACAAGUAAAUGUGAAUCUUCGGAAAUUGAAAUUUCAGGGUUGGGACAAACCGUCUUUGGAAAAUACUUUCAUUCACAAUACUGGGAAAACAGUGGAAAUUAAUCUUACAAAUGAUUACCACCUCAGUGGAGGAGUUUCUGAAAUAAACUUCAAAGCAAGCAAGGUAACUUUUCACUGGGGAAAAUGCAACAUAUCAUCUGAUGGAUCAGAACACAGUUUAGAAGGGCAAAAAUUCCCACUUGAGAUGCAAAUAUACUGCUUUGAUGCCAGCCAAUUUUCGAAUUUUGAUGAUGCAGUUAAAGGAAAAGGAAAGUUAAGAGCUUUGUCGAUUUUAUUUGAGGUCGGAAUGGAAGAAAAUUUGGAUUACAAGGCAAUUAUUGAUGGAAUUGAAAAUGUUAGUCUCUUUGGGAAGAAGGCUGCCUUAGAUCCAUUUAUACUGUUGAACCUUCUGCCAAACUCAACUGACAAGUAUUACACUUACAAUGGCUCGUUGACCUCACCCCCCUGCACGGACACUGUGGACUGGAUUGUUUUUAAAGAUACAGUUAGCAUCUCUGAAAGCCAGCUGGCUGUUUUUUGUGAGGUUCUUACAAUGCAGCAGUCUGGUUAUGUCAUGCUGAUGGACUAUGUACAAAAUAAUUUUCGAGAACAGCAAUAUAAAUUUUCUAGGCAAGUGUUCUCCUCAUAUACUGGAAAGGAAGAGAUACAUGAAGCAGUUUGUAGUUCAGAACCAGAGAACAUCCAAGCUGAUUCUGAGAAUUAUACCAGCCUUCUGGUUACGUGGGAGAGACCUCGAGUGGUUUAUGAUAGUAUGAUUGAAAAGUUUGCAGUUUUAUACCAGCAACUAGAUGGAGAAGACCAAACCAAGCAUGAAUUUCUGACAGAUGGUUACCAGGACUUGGGUGCUAUUCUCAACAAUUUACUGCCGAAUAUGAGCUAUGUUCUUCAAAUAGUAGCUAUAUGCACAAAUGGUUUAUAUGGAAAAUACAGCGACCAGCUAAUUGUGGACAUGCCUUCUAAUGACCCCGACCUUGACCUCUUUCCUGAAUUAAUUGGGACUGAAGAAAUUUUCAAGGUGGAAGAACCAGAGAAAGACGUGGAAGAAGACACUAAUCUGAACCCUGGUAGAGAUACUGCCACCAACCAAAUAAGGAAAAAGGAACCUUAUGUUCCCGCAACAACAAACUCCAACCAUAUAGGCACCAAGUACAAUGAGGCCAAAACUAACCGAUUGCCAACAAGAGGAAGUGAAUUCUUUGCAAAGGCUGAUGUUCCUAGCACAGCUUUAGGUUCUGCUUCACCCCCAGUCACUGACUCUGCCCCUGAAAAGGGGGUUUCUUCCACUUUGCAGAUUGUGACCAAACCUCCCCCUUCCACACUGGCGGGCACCUCUAGCUCUUUAAAUAGUUCGAAAACUGUCAAGUUCCCAAAGAUCAAUUUGUCUGGGACUGUGGAGUCUUUAGAAGCAAUUUCUAUAGAAGAAUCUCAAGAAAUGUCUACUGAUAUCAGUGGGGAAGAGAAUUUAUUGACUAGUUUCAAGCAGGACACAGGAACUGAUGGUUCUUCUGGCUCUAGUCCUGUAACGUCUCCUCUCCCCUUUGGCUCUGAGACAAUCUCUCAAGGGUAUGUAUUUUCCUCAGAAAACCCAGAGUCAAUCACAUAUGACGUCCUUUUACCAGAAUCUUCAAGAAACACUUCAGAAGGUUCAGCCUCUUCAGGUUCAGAAGACUCUUUAAAGGAUCCUUCUCUUGAUGGAAAUGUGUGGUUUCCAGGUAAUAUAGAUGGGACCACAGAGCCUGAUAUUGGGUCAGGGAGAGAGAGCUUUCUUCAGACUAAGGACACUGAGAAACAUACUGAGGCAGCUGAAAAAACCACUGAAUCCCCUUCCCCAGGUUUACUAGCAUCUCAGGGUCCCUCAGACACAGAUCUAGAAAUGCCUCCGUUUUCAACGUCCACCUACUUCCCAACAGAGGUAACACCUCAUGCUUUUACUCCAUCGUCUGGACAGCAUUACUUGGCUCCCACUAUCAACAUGGUACAUUUGCAGACAACUCAGCCAGUCUACAAUGGUGAGCCACUUCUUCAACCUUCCUACAGUAGUGAAGUCUUUCCUCUAGUCACCCCUCUGUUGCUUGACAAUCAGAUCCUCAACACUACCCCUGCUGCUUCAAGUAGUGAUUCAACCUUGCAUGCUGCGCCUGUGUCCCCCAGUGUUGAUAUGUCAUUUGAAUCCAUCCUGUCUUCCUAUGAUGGUGUGCCUCUGCUUCCAUUCUCCUCUGCUUCCUUCAGUAGUGAAUUGUCUCGCCACCUGUAUCCAGCUUCUCAAAUCCUUCCACAAGCUACUGCAGCUCUUGAGAGUGAUAUGGUGUCCUUGCAUGCGUCUCUGCCGGUGGCUGGUAGUGAUGUGCUCUUAGAGCCCAGCCCUGCUCAAUAUUCUGAUGUGGUGACACAUCAAACCACUUCUCAUGCUGCUUCAAUGACACUGGAAUUGGGUGGUAGUGAAUCUGAUAGCUUUUAUAAAACACUAAUGUUUUCUCAAGUUGAAGCGUCCAGCAAUGAUGUCAUGAUGCAUUCUCGUUCUUCCGGGCCUGAACCCUCUUAUAACUUAUCUAAGGAUAAGAGCUCCCACCCUCUCAUCACUUUUCCUUACAGUUCUGGGAUAUCUGUGCAUAAUCCUGCUGAUGUAUCUCAUCAGGGUACUGUACUAGGCAGCCUUAGCCACAUACCAAUGUCCAAGUCUUCAUUGAUAACCCCUUCUAUCUCACUGCUGCAGCCUACUCAUGGCCCCUCUGGUGAUGGAGAGUGGUCCGGAGGCUCCUCUGAGAACGAAUUUCUUUUGCCUGACACAGAUGGUUUGACAGCACUUAACAUUUCUUCACCUAUGUCUGUAACUAAAUUUACAGCUUCUGUAUUUGGUGAUGAGAGUAAGCCGCUUUCUAAAAGUGACAUAAUCUAUGGAAGUGAGACUGAACAGAAAAUUUCUUCUUUCAGUGAGAUGAUUUACCACUCUGAAAGCACAAUCGUGCCUGACCUGUAUGAGCAUGUCAAUAAGUCAAAGGCAUCUAUACAAGACUCCCCUGUUUCAAUUGCUAGUACAAAGGAUAUAACUCCAGGGUUUCUUCCUUACACUGCAACUAAGAUUUUUGAUCAUCAGAUCAGUCAAGUUACAGAAAAAAACUUUUCUGUUCAAUAUACACAUACUCUUUCACAAACAUCUGAUGACACACUGCUUAAGCCUGUGCUUAGUACAAGCCCAGAACCAGAGUCCCCUGGCCCUGCUUCUAGUGAUAUGUUAUCUUCUUCAACUCAGCUUUUAUCUGAGGAGGGUUCAGCUUCUUUUAAUACUGAAGUUUUGCUGCAAGCUUCCUUUCAGGCUUCUGGUGUUGACACCUUGCUUAAAACUGCUCUUCCAACUGUGCACAGUGAUUUAACAUUGGUUGAAACUUCCAAGGUUGAUCAAAUUUUUCCUACAAUAUUGCAUCUUAUGGCAUCAAACUCUGCUUCAAAGGAAAACAUGCUGCACACUGCAUCCCUACCAGAUUUUGUUGUAUCACCAACUUCUGUUAUGCAUGCUGUCUCACGUCAAAGUUUAACCAUUCCUUACACAAGUGAAAAAUAUUUUGAACCUGUUUUAUUUAAAAGCAAAGUGGUACCUUCAUUGUACAAUAAGAAUGAAUUGUUCCAGCCUUCCGAUCUGGAGACCAACCAUGCCUUUCCAACGAAAGGAAGGCGUGGUUUUGCUACUCCUGUUUUGUCAAUUGAUAUACCACUAGAUACACGUAUAGAUAAAACCAAAUAUUCUGAUGAAGUUUCCACCUCUUCUAAGGGUUCUAAAGUAUUUACUAGUGUCCCAACUGUUAUUUCGGAAACACUUGUCACUGCUGAUUAUUCUGAUCUUGUAGGAAAUGCGUACGUUUCCAUGACAGCUGAUUCCCCCAACAGAGAUGGUUCUGUAAGCACAACGCAGAGGCAGUUUCCUUCUAAAACAACUGAGCUUAUGCAUGGAGCCAGAUCUGAUACUGAUUUAGGGGAAGUUGUGGACAAUGGUGUUGAUGAUUACAGUGAGGAUGAUUAUGAUGACAGAGAUACUGAUGGCUUAUCCAGAAAUAAGUGUAUGUCAUGCCUCCCCUAUAGAGAAUCACAGGAAAACAUCAUGAUUGACUCAGAAACCCAGAAAAGCAGUCUUGUGGAUCAAAAUAACCCAGUCUCAUAUGCACAUUCUAAGAAUGCUCAAGAAGAAAAUAAAGUCAUGGGUGUAACCUCAAACAGUCAGAAUGAUAUGGGCAGUUCUGACAAAAUACCAACAAAUGCUCUAAACCAAUAUCCCAGUAUAAUUGGGAAAAAGGAAAAUGAUAUUCAGAUUGGCCGUGGCCUGCUUCCUUUCACUCCACAAUCUAAAGCCUGGGGUAAAAUUCUUACAAGCGAUGAAGAAAGUGGAUCAGGGCAAACUAUCACAGAUAGUGUUAAUGAUAAUGAGACUUCCACAGAUUUCAGUUUUUCAGAAGUUAAUGGAAGAGAUGCCAAUGGGGUCCUGGAACCAGGGAAUUCAGAAAUAAUCCCUAGAUCCCCACAGUCCUCCACGUCUACUAUAACUAGUAGACACUCAGAAGUGUUCAACAUUUCAGAAGCAGAGGCCAGUAAUAGUAGCCAUGAGUCUCGUAUUGGUCUAGCUGAGGGGCUGGAAUCCGAGAAGAAGGCAGUUAUACCCCUUGUGAUCGUGUCAGCCCUGACUUUUAUUUGUCUAGUGGUUCUUGUUGGUAUUCUCAUCUACUGGAGGAAAUGCUUCCAGACUGCACACUUUUAUUUAGAGGACAAUACAUCUCCUCGAGUAAUAUCCACACCUCCAACACCUAUUUUUCCAAUUUCAGAUGAUGUUGGAGCCAUUCCAAUAAAGCACUUUCCAAAGCAUGUUGCAGACUUACAUGCAAGUAGUGGGUUUACUGAAGAAUUUGAGACACUGAAAGAGUUUUAUCAGGAAGUACAGAGCUGUACUGUUGAUUUAGGUAUUACAGCAGACAGCUCCAACCAUCCGGACAAUAAACACAAGAACCGGUACAUAAACAUUGUUGCCUAUGAUCAUAGUAGGGUUAAACUUGCACAACUUGCUGAAAAAGAUGGCAAACUGACUGAUUAUAUCAACGCAAAUUAUGUUGAUGGCUACAACAGACCAAAAGCUUACAUUGCUGCCCAAGGGCCACUGAAAUCCACAGCUGAAGAUUUCUGGAGAAUGAUAUGGGAGCAUAAUGUGGAAGUUAUUGUCAUGAUAACCAACCUGGUUGAGAAAGGAAGAAGAAAAUGUGAUCAGUACUGGCCUGUUGAUGGUAGUGAAGAGUAUGGGAACUUUCUCGUCACUCAGAAGAGUGUUCAAAUGCUUGCAUAUUACACUGUGAGAAAUUUUACUUUAAGAAACACAAAAAUUAAAAAGGGCUCCCAGAAAGGAAGGUCCAGUGGGCGUGUGAUUACACAGUACCACUACACACAAUGGCCUGACAUGGGUGUACCAGAGUAUUCCCUGCCUGUGCUGACCUUUGUGAGAAAGGCAUCCCAUGCCAAGAGACAUGCAGUAGGGCCUGUUGUUGUUCAUUGCAGUGCUGGAGUUGGAAGAACAGGCACAUAUAUUGUGUUGGACAGUAUGUUGCAACAACUUCAACAUGAAGGAAAUGUCAACAUAUUUGGCUUUUUAAAACACAUUCGUUCACAGAGAAAUUAUUUGGUUCAAACUGAGGAACAGUAUGUCUUCAUUCAUGAUGCACUUGUGGAGGCCAUUCUUAGUAAAGAAACGGAAGUGCCGGAUACUCAUAUUCAUGCAUAUGUCAAUGCACUCCUCAUUCCUGGACCAACAGGCAAAACAAAACUGGAGAAACAAUUCAAGCUUUUGAGUCAAUCAAAUAUACAGCAGAGUGACUACUCUACAGCACUAAAGCAGUGCAACAGGGAAAAAAACAGAACUUCUUCCAUCAUCCCUGUGGAAAGAUCAAGAGUUGGCAUUUCUUCUUUAAGUGGAGAAGGUACAGACUACAUCAAUGCCUCCUACAUUAUGGGCUAUUAUCAGAGCAAUGAAUUCAUCAUCACCCAGCAUCCUCUUCUCCAUACCAUCAAGGACUUCUGGAGAAUGAUAUGGGAUCAUAACGCCCAGCUGGUAGUUAUGCUUCCUGAUGGUCAAAAUAUGGCAGAAGAUGAAUUUGUUUACUGGCCAAAUAAAGAUGAACCUAUAAAUUGUGAGAGUUUUAAAGUUACUCUUAUGACCGAAGAACAGAAAUGCCUAUCUAAUGAAGAAAAAGUAAUAAUUCAAGACUUUAUCUUAGAAGCUACACAGGAUGAUUAUGUACUCGAAGUGAGGCAUUUUCAGUGUCCCAAAUGGCCCAAUCCAGAUAGCCCCAUCAGUAAAACUUUUGAACUUCUAAGUAUUAUCAAAGAAGAAGCUGCCAGCAGAGAUGGACCCAUAAUUGUUCAUGAUGAGCAUGGAGGAGUGACUGCAGGAACUUUCUGUGCUCUAACAACCCUUAUGCAUCAACUCGAGAAAGAAAAUUCUAUGGAUGUUUACCAGGUAGCCAAGAUGAUCAAUUUGAUGAGGCCAGGAAUAUUUGCUGACAUUGAGCAGUACCAAUUUCUCUAUAAAGCUGUCCUCAGUCUGGUGAGCACCAGGCAAGAAGAGAAUCCAUCCACCUCUUUGGACAGUAAUGGUGCAGCACUGCCUGAUGGGAAUAUAGCCGAAAGCUUAGAGUCUUUAGUUUAACACAAGAAGAGCGGAGGUGAAUCUAUAUCUGAGCAUUGUUUUCCUCUUCCAGAACCUAGACUGUAAAGUCAGUUCAGUUCUUCCGUUACAUUUACUUCUCAUCAUUUGACAGUAACUUUCAUGAUAUAGGAUUAUGCUGCCAAAAUGACAUCAUUAACAAUGUGUGCCUUUUUGAAAAAUUUCUUGAAAUUUACUUUUCGUGUUUGAACUAAAACAAUAGGAUUUUACAGUGUUUCUAAAAAAAAUGGAAUUGUGAUAUUUUUUUCAUAGUGAUUUUAACAGAACAUUGUGAUUUAUAGACAUUAAGAAUUUCAAACAGUAGAAAACGUGUUUUCAGUGUUAGAUUUUUAGCUUAAUUUGUAACCAUCAUCAUGUUUGCUAAUGUAUAACUUUUAAUAUAGUAAUCUGUAAAUAAAAUGCUCUGCUCCCUAUGAAAUACAUUUUACAACUUCAGUAUUUACCUAAACUAAAAAUAAUCUCAUACUGUAAAUACAGCUAUAGUGUCUCUGUGGACCAAAUUUAUAUUUAUAAUGGUAGAUUUUUAUAUUUUACUACUGAGUGAAUUUUCUAGUUCUGUGUAGUAGUUUAAUGGUGUAGUUAUCUGCGCUUACACCUCAAGUCUUCUGAUAUUGAUUUGUUAUCUCAGCGAUUAACUGUUUUGACAUGUAAUUUUAACUUUUAUGGAAAAUACACAGACAUUUGUUUUAAAGAUGUUUUAUGAGAAUAACACAUUCUUUACCCAAUCCUUUAAAAAUUAUCAAACCAUUGCAAAAAUAAAUAUAAAUAUUGCCAUCA